GCAAGAGGGGCUGCUUUCCCAUCUGGAAAAUGGUCUGCAAGAUAAGCCUGAGCUCUCCGGGUGCUCGUCAAGGCAGAAGGGGUUCACAGACUCUUCUACCUCACUUCUGAAAAGAUAAAAAGGAAUUCAAAAGAAUAUUCAGAGGGGGAAAAGCAUCUUUUUUUCCUUUCAUACCUCAGGAGAGAAUUUUUAACUGCACCAAGAAUACUAGAAAUUCUGAAACAUUAAAGGUUACCAUCUAUGCAUUUCCUAUAAAUGUGAAAAAAUAAGCAGUAAGAAAAUCCACUUCUCUUCCAAGAAGAAGAAUCUUGACAUAAAUAAUACUGAAGAAGAUAAACUUUAAAAAGUUCUAACUACCAAGAGCAUGACAUAAACCCAUUAAAAAUUUUUUCCCAUAGGAUAUUUUCAGUUAGGAAACUUUUCUUAAUUUCUCUUUUUCGAAGUUUAAAGAUUUCCAAAAAGUGAACUUUCCAGCGUCUGUGUUAAGAAUGCAGAAGGUGUCUGCCCUGUGUACUUCCUCCUCAGAUGAGAGACCUCCCUUGGUUUUCUACUGGCCGGUGAAUUGCCACACAAGCCUGUGACAGCAGCUGCUGUUUUUUCAAUUUUAUUCUUUCUGGAUUUUUGACACUCCACCCCCACAGACUCAGGUGGGUGUGUGCAUUGGCACUGAGACAGCCUGGUCAGGAGCUGGGCAGCAGCUGCUGCUGUGGGAACCACCAGCUGGCAAGAUGAUGGAAGAAAUCUCCAUUACGGUUGCCUAUGAUGCCCACGUCUUCAGCCAGCUGCAUGAUGAAGACUUCCUCACUAGUCUGGUGGCCAUCAGCAAGCCCCGGUCUAUGGUGCCCACCAAGAAGCUGAAGAAAUAUGAGAAGGAAUAUCAGACAAUGCGCGAGAGCCAGCUGCAGCAGGAGGACCCCAUGGACAGAUACAAGUUUGUAUAUUUGUAGGUAACGCCACCUGUUGCAUUUAUACUGGGAAUCUACCUAAGAAGCUGAGAGAAAGAGAGGGAAAAAGAAAGAGAGAAAGUGGCUCUCGACUACUUUCAAAAAUGAGAGAAAAAGGAAAAUGGCAGAGUGCUGUUUUAGCUGUGCCCGGUCACAUCCAGAGACUUAGCAGGUGAUCUGCUCCGACACUGGCCGAGAAUGCUUCAGACUCAGCGUGUCUGUAGCAGAUUGGAAACACCAGCUCCCUGGGAAGGACAAAUAAAAGCCACAAAGGUCGUAUUGAGCACAGUCAUGGUGUUUGUUGCAAAAUUUAUUUCCACAAAUUUAUGAGUGACAGUGACACUUCACCACAGUACUCACUUGCAGAAUCAAAAUGAUUUCAUCUUAACAUCUUAGUUACAUAACUAACAGUGUUUUCAAAACUCAGGCUGUUCACAAAGGUAGAUCACUGCAGUGGUGAUGAGCAACGGCCCCACGAUGCAGUGACUGAAUCCAAACUUAUUUUCUCAACUGAAAUAUUAUCAUUUCUCUCCAAUGUGUCAGUUCUUCAGGUUCCUACAAAAGCAUGGUUCCCUUUCUUUCCCUGUCGGUACAUCAGGAUAAGAGAAUAUUGUGUUUGCACCAUGAGCAACGUUACGAUGUCCUGCCAAAAAAAUCAAAAGCAAGGGAGUGGCAUUAAGAAUUAAGUGACCCAUGGUGGCAUGACUUCCUCUUUUGGAACUAGAGUUGCCUUUAUGGUCAGAGAGCUGGGCCCGGGCAGUGAUGGUCACACAGUACAUCUUGUUUCUGUUGCUAAAUUGAAUAGCCUGGGGGGUUCUGAGAGGGGCAUGGUGGAAGGAGUAUAUAGAUUUUGUAGUCAGACCUGAGUUGGAAUCCAGGCUUUUCGAAAAAAAUAAAAAGGCCAGGAUUUGGAAUGCACGUUGGGGUCUUUAAUCCCUGUGCCAUAGUUCAUUGUCUUGAACUACCUGUUGGGCCUCCUCCUCCUCUGCAAAUAGGCAGUGCACACAUUGCCUUGAGGGCCUGCCGUGAAGGUGGGGCUGGGGGAUGUUAAGUACCCAGCACGGGGCUGGUGUGCAGUAAAUGGGCUCGAGCCUUCUUAGGCCUACUGCCUCAAUUUACCCAAGUAUUACUAGAGUACUGCCACCUUACAUGCAUCACUGAUCGUCCUCGUAUUCUUGAGGUAUUGCUGUCCAGUAGUCUAGCAUCAGUCUGUUUCCUCGGUUUACAGAACUGCCCUGGUACAUGACCCAUGGCACUGCAGGCCUCCUGGCGUCAGGCCCGGGCCAGCCAGCUGCCCCAGCCAUCACCCCGGGCAGCGCGCUGCUUUAGAAAGGCUCUCGGUAGUAAUCAGGAAACAUGUUCGAGGACCCACGAAGCCUCCUCCUGCUUACGUCAAUCUAGUGUUCUCACUGCCACCAUCGUUAUAAAUAAAAUCUUUAAAAUAGAAGAGAGGGAAAUGGAAGACUAAAAUUAUAUAUUUAAAAUCUGUCUGGGACUGAACUUGUCACUGUUUCUGCAAGCCUUUUUGUAUCAAAGCAGAUAAGUAUAAAUAAAUAGUACAAUGCAUAUUAUUAUUUUUAAAUGCUCACCACACAUAAGACUAUCAAUGUGUACAAUUUUUAUGGAGGAAUCAAAGUAGAAUUAAACCUUUUGUUUUUGCCUUGAAAACUCUACUUUUUAGCAUGAGUGUUGCGGCCUCUUCUGUGUGCACACCGGGUUCCUUCUCUGUUUCUUCUGUGCUACUGAAUGGCUUGUCAACGUGUGAUCUAACUAACAUCCCUAGACCCUCUAAUAAUGGCUAGAUUUUUGUACUGGGGGUAAAAUGAUAGUCCUCAACUUACAUUACAUUUUCAAGGUGACAAUCGACAACAUUGUUUUCAAUCAUCCACAGAUUUGUUGUUUCACAUAUUCAAUUUCUAGUUUGAGGAGCUAAUUAUAAUGAUUUUAAUUAUACUAGGAUAGUGUCUUAGAAAAUACCUUUUAGCAUCUUCUAAAUGUAAUCCUGUCAAGAAUAAGGUGUAGGUCCUGGGACUUUAGGAUUCUUAGAUCUUGGACUGAGAACCUAGUUAUAUAAAUUCUUAAGAAUAACUAGGGGAGAUCUUGAGGCUUUGAGUCAGAGGUCACUAACAGCCCUUCCCCACCGCUGGGACCCACACUGCUCACAAUGCCAUGUUCACCUCUAGCUGGCCACGUGGCCAGAGAGUUAGGAAGGUUGUGUCAAUGCAAUAAAAUGUUACAAAGGCCCUGAAGUGUCACGGAAUGAGGUAUUCUGAGAGAGGGUUCCUUUCGGAGCCCUCCUGAGCCCUGAGCGUGGAGGUGGACGAAGGGCUGCUGCAGGGAGGCCAGAGGCGGGGUGACCCGGUGGUGCAGAUGGAGCCCCAGGGCCCCCCUGCUCACUGGUCUGACUGAAUGUGGGUUGGGUUUAUUUUUAUGACACACACAAAUACCUGCGUUCUCAGGGUAUGUCACCGUCCUGACCUGUAUCCAACACUGAAGUCUCAACCGCAAAGACAGACGAAACGGUGUUGGUGUUCAUUUAGCUAUAGAACCCUACACACGUGUUCUGGGGUUAGUAGUGGUGAUGGUGUCACAACUUUGUGAAUGCACUGAAACCACUGCACCGUGCAUUUUAAAAGAUGAACUGUAUUGGUGUUGUGAGCUGUAUGUGAAUUCUCUCUCAAGACAAUGCAAGCAAAGUUUUCCGGGAGGAUCGGUGUCUGGCCCAUCAUCUUCCUUUCCUAAACCCCAGGCAGGUUUCUGUCAGAAUGGAGCCAAUGAAUGACUACAGACUCGAGUGCCUGUCUUUACUGGGGAAGGAAAACCAAAGUGGGUGGCAUAUUCAUUUUCAUGUAUAUAUGAAAAUAUGUAAAUAUGAAAAUGAAUAGAUAGCUAUCUAUAUACACAUGUACACGUAUGUGGUAUCUAUAUACAUAUACACACAUGCAGAGACAUAAACACAUAUGCAUAGGUCAUACACACGUGUACACUUCCCGUGCUACCUGGUCUUGGCAUCAGAUUGCGUUUGAAACCGCGAGCUCUACACUGACUGCUCACAGCCUUCGGAGGACUUGUCUGCUUAUCUCCAGGACUAGAUUCCAAGCCAGAACAAGGACACUUCAUUGGAAGAAGAAUAUAGCAUAUGCAUUCUAAGUCGCUUUUGUUGUCCUUCCUGAGUUGGGCCCAGCCACACGUGUGGAACAGCCCCGUGCACUCGGAGCUUGCCAUGUGUACGUGGGCUCUCGGCUCUCGGGGACGGCGCGGAAGGAGGCUUGGCUGGAGGAGUGCACCCCGUGCCUUUCCACCUCACACGAAAGCAGGCACGCGUGGAUGCGUGCAGCUGUUCAGCACAUUUGAGGAGUUAGCUGCCAAGCCCCUAAUAAGCAGUUACCAAUUUCAGAAAUUAAAAUAUUUUCUAUUUUAAGGAGAUAAAUUGUUUCCAUCUGUGGAAAGUUAGUUUUCUAAUAAUGUAAUCAGUUGACAGCACUUUUCAGAGAAUUGCAGCCUUCACCUGCCUCCAGAUGCUAUGCUUUUCUUGUUUAAUUAAAGAGUGACUUGCACAAAUGUGGGCUAAGCCAUAAAAAGCACAGCUAGUUAAUUAAAUUCAGUGACUCUCCCAAAGCACGAGUGAGGUUAUGUUACUACCUGUUUUAGAUGGGCAAGCCCUGGAAAGAAUCAGGAAAGGGUAUGCUCUUGGCUCUGGCGUACAGCAUGACAAUGCAUAACUUCUAACUGAAGUAUCUUAUUUAUGUUCAGUUUAAUUAAAUUUCAGAUGUUUCACUUCUUUCUUGAGGUUAGACAUAGUAAUUUUAAAAAUCAAAAUAUAAUUCAAACAGAAAGAAAAUGAUUCCUCUAAGUUUACAAAGUUUUCUCGCACAUACUGUCUCUGCGUGUAAUUUAAAAUGAAGCUAUUUAAUUGUGCACAGUAAAAACAAAGCUAACAAAACAUUUGAAUUAAAGCUUAAUUGUACUAGUAUUAUUUGCCAUCCUCACUUGUCUAACGAAAUAACUUAGAGCAGUAUCACAUUCUGUUUUUAACUUCACUAGUGAAGAAUUUAAAUUAUGCUAAACGUCCUACCUUGGGGUGGGGGGGGCAUUCCCCUUUUCCUACUGUGUU